AUGGCGGUCCCGACGGCGGAGGAGAGCGCGCGGCGCUUCAAGAUGGUCUACAUUGGCGCGUCACUGCUGGCCAUGAUCAUCUCCACAUACACGACGCUGUACGGACCCAUGGACCUGUCGGCGCCCUCAUCCGCGCCCUUAAGCGCACAGUCAAUUGAUCAAUUGACACAUGCGAACUCCUUCCGGUGGGGAACUUAUCGUCCUGGUCUAUAUUUGGGUAUUCGAUCUCGCACAUCGCCCGAUUUUGUGUCGGCUGGACUAUUAUGGGGCUCACAGCUUGAAGACGUAUCACAAAUCCGACACCAAUGUCGACAAGAAGACCGACUUCAACGUUACGGCUGGCUGCAGCACGACGGGACCAAUUAUGGACUGCAAAAAGUGGAGGACCAAUUCAACCGCCUGGAGCUCAGCACAAGUUACGCUCGAGUCCAGACACCAGACAUUCAAGGAUGGGCGGCUAGAGUCCAAGCAGGUCCAGUGACUCCCAAGGACGAGAGACUGAGACGUCGACAGGUGCAGAAUAACAAGGUUUCGCUCUUCUUCUAUGUAGAUUUGGGCUGUGGGGACGAGAGUCUGGAGCUGCCGUGUCGACAGAAGCUGCAGAACUUGGUGGAAGUCGCAGCAGAGCCCACGACGUUGCAGUGUGGAGAGCAGAAGGAGCAGUGUGUGCAGAUGGUGCUGGAGAGUGAAGGUCCUGAGGGGGACAAGGAAUCAGCUCCUCUAGCCUUCCAGAUGCAGAUCCAACUCAAGACUCGCUCGUCUGUGCGUGGAGUGAAGCUGCACUAUGCUGGGCUUAGAGAUACCAACGUGGUCAACGUGAAGGACAAACUGUUGUCCUUGGCUCGACGUCCAGGUGGAGAGAACAACAAAGACUUGACGGCAGACGAGGAGGUUCAGCUGGAGGAUUUUAUCGAAGAAGGAAGCACGCUGGUCGUGGUGCAGGCUAUUGUCAGUGUGGAUGAUACGUUCGAGGAAGGCGACGUGACGCUGGAUGUGCUGUUUAAUGAGGCUGCGACAUUUACUGCUGCUGACGUUGUGAAGCUUCCUAUUGAUCUUCUUAUCACUGAGAAGCUGACAGAGUACUCGCAGCAGUUUGACGAUAAAUUCGAGACAACUUUCCAUCUCUCGACGAAGACGUGGCCGGGGGAUGGCAAGGAGACUCCGUUCAACGACAGUCUGGUGGUGUUCGCCAAGGCAGCUUUCAGCAACUUAGUUGGAGGCACUGGCUACUUCUACGGCAGCUCAUUGGUGCAGCAUGACCCGGAGAGGCCCGAGGUUGUCGAGUCUCCUGCCAAGUCUCUGUUCACAGCGGUCCCAUCGCGCUCUUUCUUCCCUCGUGGCUUCGUGUGGGACGAAGGUUUCCACCAGAUCGGCAUCUCGGCGUUCGACGACGCAAUUACGCGAGAUGUGAUCGCUCACUGGCUUGGCUUGAUGGAAGAAGAUGGCUACAUCGCUCGUGAGCAGAUCUUGGGCCAAGAUGCGCGUCGUCGUGUGCCCAGAGAAUUCCUCGUACAGCAUGUGGAACACGCCAAUCCUCCCACUUUGCUGCUGGCUUUAGAGAAAAUGAUGCAGUGGCACAAGGCUGCAGACUCGGACGAAGACCUGAAGGCGUUUGUGCGUACCGUUUUCCCGUUCCUGAAGCGUUGGUACAGCUGGUUCCUGAAGACGCAGUAUGGUCCACACGACGCGAGUUUCCGCUGGCGAGGCCGCCUCCCAAAUGACGGCAAGCUGAUCUCCAACACGUUGUCAUCAGGUCUAGAUGACUACCCUCGAGCGUCGCGUCCGAGUGAGAAUGAAAUGCACGUGGACUUGCUCUCGUGGAUGAUCCGCUCGAGUAAUGUUAUGGCCAAACUUGCAGACUUUAUCGACCGAGAUGCUGACGUCCAGCUCUUUGAGAGUAACAGUGCUCACUUUCUCUCUGGACUGGACGAGCACCACUGGAAUGAGGAAGCGCAGUCGUACUUUGAUGUGGGCGAACACAGUGAAGACGGCGUGAUUGAGUACCAGGUUGCUGUGCGUUGCCGUAAUGAACAGGGCCAAGUUGUGGACGCCACGGCUCCUAUUGCGCAGAUUGAGACUAAGCAAGUCAAGUGCCCGGAUAGCCAUCCGAACUUCAUGUUCCCGCUAGGUGACGGCCGUGGUGGACUGCAGAUGUUGCCUGUGUUUGUUCCGCGCACGACGAAGCUGCAGCAUGUGAAGCAUGUCGGCUACGUCAGCGUGUUCCCGCUUCUCCUUAAGGUACUGCCGCCUGAGUCGCCGAAGCUGCUUGCAUUGCUGAGGCAGAUGACGGACCCAGCGCAGCUUUGGUCGCCGUUUGGACUGCGCUCUCUGUCGACGCAAGAUCAGUUCUAUGAACAAGAGAACGCACCAGGAGACAACCCAUAUUGGCGCGGAGCUAUCUGGAUGAACGCUAACUAUCUGGCUUUAGACGCACUGCACUACUACGCGCAGCCGAGCACGGGCAGUCCGUUCCAAGAGGAGUUUGCAGCGGCGUAUACUGCACUGCGGGCGAAUGUAAUUGCCAAUAUCUACAAGGAGUACGAACGCACUGGAUACCUGUGGGAGCAGUACAGUGGCGAUAUCCACGCUGGACAACAGUACGGUCAGGGACAGCGGUGUCACCCCUUCUCGGGCUGGACGGCACUCGUGGUGAACAUCAUGGCGGAGAUAUACUAG